GAUAGGUUAUAUCUUACAUUCAGAAAUCUAUGGCAUGUAUACAAAAUUGGUGUGGUUUUUUUUUUAACCUAAAAUAUGAUUAUAUAGGUUGUUUCAAAUUUGAUUAAUAAUUCGUAAGACUGUCAGAUCGGGAUUGAAAUUUGAAACAUCAAAAUCAAACGAACCAGACAAAAUAGUGAUUUUUGUUGUGUAACCAUUUAAAAUUAAUCUCAUGCGACCAGCAAUUACCGCUAAUAUGAAUUAACAACGUAAUCUAAUUGUCGUAUUGAAUUUAAGGUAAGCUUAAUCGCAUAAUAUUAUAGUAGUUACCUAUUAUUACAACAGAAUUAAGUAUUCAAAAUAUAAUUUUUUUUACAAUUUUGUAUAUGCAUUUUUUUUAUAGUACAUAAGAUUACUUACUACAUAUUACUUUAAUAUGCUUUUAAGUGAAGUAAUUAAUAUAAUAUUCAGGUACCUAGUUAAUAAACAGCUCAGUUUUAUAUAUAUAUAAAUUUAUAUCCUCACAUUUUUCCCCUUAAUUAGGUAUUUUAUUAUAAAAUUUACUUAAUAAAUACCUACAUAAUUGUUAAAUUGGUAAAAUAUAAUAAUAUUGAAUUAAUUUAGGAUAGCUACCAAGUUUCUCAUCAAGCACUUCAUAACACUAUAAAAUACACACGCCCAUACCUAUAAUAUUAAUUGUUUACAUUGUAUAGACAUUUACAAUUAUAUCAAAAUGUUGGUACCACAUCUAAGUAGGUACCUACUUAGAUGAGCGAUUCAAAUUUCAUUUUAUUUAUAACAUAAAAUAGAUUGAAAUAUAAAUUAUUCAUACCUAAGUGGUGAACGUUAAAUUAUAAAUUUAAAAAGUAAAUUUGUGGAUUUAUGUUUUAAAGAAUUAACAAUAAGAUUGAGUUUGUAAUUGUUUAAUUAUAGUUGUGUUAAAUACACUAUAUUUUAUUCAAACAAAUUCAAUUAUAUUAGAUAGGUUUGUUUUUAUCACUUAUUUUUGGAAGACAAAAUUUAUUUUAAUGGAAGACAUUAAUAUUCAUUACUUGCCUAGGUAUUACAUUUAAAUAUUUAAAAAUUAAUAAAUAAUAAUGUUUAGUAUUUAAGAUUUCCAAAACAAAUGUAUUUUAUUUCUGUAUAUUCAUCCAUGCCAUGAUGAGAUCCUUCUCUUCCAAGACCAGAUUCUUUGACACCUCCGAACGCUGCUUCUGUGGACGAUAUAAUGCCUUCAUUUACACCCACCAUUCCGACUUCUAGAGCUUUUGCAACUCUCCACACUUGGGAUAAAUCAUUUGAAUAAAAAUAACCAGCCAAUCCUCUGUUUGUGCUAUUUGCAAUCUUUAAACCUUCUUCUUCUGUAUCAAAUUCAAUACAUACUGCAACAGGACCAAAGAUCUCUUCUAUGUAACAGGCCAUAUCUUCAGUGAUGUUUGUGAUUAAUGUUGGUUCAUAAAAUCGUUCACCAAAAUUCAAUGCUCGUUUACCACCAGUUAUAAUGUUUGCUCCUUUGUUUUUGGCAUCGUUUACUAUUCUGUCGACUUUUUCUACCUGAGCGAGAUUUAUCAAAGGCCCUAAGUUCACACCACUAUUUAUACCAUCUCCCAUGACUAAUGUAUCCAUAGCUUUUUUCAAUUUUUCAACAAAUUCAGGAAAUACUUUUUUUUGAAUAAUAAAUCUAUUAGCACUUACACAAGUUUGUCCACAAUUUCUGAACUUUGAAGCCAUUGCUCCAGUCACUGCUUUGUCGAUGUCAGCUCCUUCAAAUACUACAAAUGGAGCGUUUCCUCCUAAUUCCAAACCGACGCGUUUCACUGUGCUGCUACAUUGUUUGUAUAGUAAUUUCCCGACUUCUGUAGAUCCAGUAAAUGAUAUACCAUAAAUGUCUGGACUUUCACAUAGCAGUUUACCAAUUUCUGGAGUAUUUCCUCUUGAUGCCGUUACAACGUUAAUUACACCUUUAGGGAUACCAGCAUCUUCUGCAAAUUUUGCUGCCACUAAUGCUGUAAUUGGAGUAUUUUCAGCAGGUUUAAUAACACAUGUACAUCCUGCUGCCAAAGCAGCUCCUGCUUUUCUAGUAAUCAUUGCAAUUGGAAAGUUCCACGGUGUAAUCAGACCGACAGGUCCUAACGGUUGGCGAAUCAUUAAAAUUUCUUUGGUUUUAAUUGGACUAGGAACAUAUUCACCAUAAGUUCUGCGCGCUUCUUCUGAAAACCAUUCAACAAAUGAAUUUCCGUAUGCUACUUCACCGAGUGAUUCUGGUAAUGGUUUGCCUGCCUCUGCUGUUACAAUUUCUGCCAAAUAAUCUUUGUUUUUAACUAAGAUAUUGUACCAAUUCCUCAAUAAAUCACUCCUUUCUUUGGCUGUUGUAUUUUUCCAAGUUUUAAACGCCUCAUUUGCAGCGUUUAUGGCCACUUGUGUAUCUGAAGUAUCCAAAUCUGGUACAGUAGCAAUAGUUUUUCCUGUUGCUGGAUUGACAACAUCAAAUGUUUUUCCAGAUUUCGCAUUACACCAUUCGCCAUUUACAUAAGCUUUUGUGGGCCAUGUUGAGGAAUAACGUUGUGCACUCAUUGUUAUUGAUGUAUUAAUACAUCGAGAGAAUUUUAAAAACAUGGUUCAAAUGUAAUUUUGUUUAAAUAAUUUCAAAGAAUUCAAUAAUAUAACCAGAUUAGGUUUAACUGUGGCAAAUUAAAUCUAAUUAUCAAGUACCUAUUAAAAGUAAUUAAAUUAAUAACUGGUUCUUUAGAGAGUUAGACUAUAUUCGUAAUUACUGAUUAAGCGACAGAUUAUUCAAACUGUCUGUAGAGUAGUUUUCUUUUCUCUAUGAUAUGCACUCGGCGUUUUGAACUUUUUGAAGUACCUAGUUUUAUCAAUAAUUUGUACGUUCACGGGCGGGACGCGGGAAUGACGCGAGUGGUGGGGUGGUAGGUGGGGAUCACCGAAGAGUUCACCUCCUCAUAUCGUGUAAAUGGUGUUACCAACACGUGCAUACCAUAAUUUAUCGGCAUAAAUCCACAGUAAUAUACAUAUUUUAUUUAUUUCAAAGCUAAAAAAAUAUAAUAAAAUAUACGUACCUAUUAUAUUAACGUUCUACAUUUUGUAAUAUGAAAUAGCAUUUAUUCAUUUCUAAAAUUAAAAUAUUUUAAUUUAAUCGAUAUUUCAUUUUGAUUAAUUUAAAAUAAAAUAUAUGCUUACCCAUAUAUUUUGUAUUUUAGUCACGUACAAUGUCUACAGCAACCCCACAUACGCAAUUUUUUUUUUUCUUAACAUUUAGUAUGCAAUUUGUAUGAAUUUGUAUAACUAUUUCCAAAAUUCGUACGACCCCCACUCAAAGUCCAAAUAACGAUCUAAGCAUUAAAAUAAAUUUGUUUGUAUUCAACCUAAGUUAUUUAAUCAAUAGUUGGGGUUAUCAACUUUUACACUGAUAUACUAUUUAAAAAAUACAAAUAAAAUUUGUAUAGAUUUGAGCAUGUAAUUAAGAUAAUAACAUGUAUUAGAUAUUUAAAAAUUAUCAUAUAAUAAUAAUACAAAUGUCAAUUAAAAGUAAUAAAACUGGUAAAAAAAUAAAAUUAUUUUAAGCUUAAACUUAAUUGAAUUAUAUAAAAAUGAAUAAAAACUCAGUCCACAUAAUACAUUUUUUUUGUUUUUAGUUUUCAAGCUAUUCUUUGAUAUGGAUAUUUUUUGUUUUAUUUUUGCAUGUGGUAUAAAUUAUGUUUUAAAUAUUGAAAAAAAGGUAUGUAUUAAAUUAUAUAUAUAUAUUAAAUAACUCAUGUUGAAUUAAAAUAAAUUUAUUUUAUUUUCAAAUUCAUUUUAAUACUCAGAUCGAUAUUUGGAUUUGAAGGGGAGGUAGUACAAAUUUCGAAAAUAGUCAUACAAAUUGCAUACUAAAUGUAAGCAAAAAAAAAUGUUCGAAAAUCUAUGUCAGGGUAUUGGGAAAAUGUAUGUAUUAUGUGUGGGUUUUAAAUAGUGGGUAUUAUACUACUAUUUUAUAGGUCCCUUUAAUGUCCAAUUAUGAUGACCCCUUUUGUUUUUUAUUAUUAUUAAUAUUAUAACACUUCCUUAUUAAAUUUGAAAUUUAACUAUGCCAGUCAAUGACAUCGUGUCUAAUAAAUAUAGGUACCUAAAUAUUCUUUUAUUUGGUUUGUCAUUGAAUAUGUUAUCUAGCUAUGUAAGUAUAUAAAACAUUAAACCUCGUUUAAUAAUUAUUGUAAUUUAAAAAUGAGUUUGGAAUAAUAUUAACAAUGAUUAUUAUUAUUAUGAAUAGUAUUACCUACUUCUUACCUUGUACCUAUUAUCAAUUGUAUUAAUUACAAGAAUGUGAAAUCAUAAAUUGACAAUGAACUUUGGUCCAUAUCCCAGAUAAGUUAACAGAUAAAAUAGUUCAGAUAUUCUGCACACACGUUUUUAUUAGAUUUAAUUUAAAAUAGAAUAUAAUAUGUAUGACUAUUAGUUUUCUAAAAUAUCAGUUAAAAAUAUACAAGAACCUACUGGACAAUUUGUUAACAAGCAAUUGUUUUCUAUUUUUUAUUAUUUAUGUAAUUGUUUCCUAAUUGUAUUUACUCUAUUUAUUAAACAUUUUCGGUAUAAUAAAAAUAUAUUUUAAUUUUUAAUUUUUAGAUAGUACUUAAUCUCUAUUCAAACAGCUAUAUAUUAUGUAUGUCUAUUCUACAGCUACUACAGCUAUUUAUAAAACAAAUAUUUUAAAAACUAACUUGUUCAAUAGUAUAUUAUAUGUAAAAAUAAACACAUCAACUAUACAUAUAUGGGGUGAUUUUUUUAUCAUGAACCAGCAAUUAUCUCAGAGGAUUUUAAAUUAAUUUGAUUUAUAUUUUUUCUAGUCAUUAUGGAAUUGUUUAAGCUUUAUUUUAAAACCAUUUUUAAUUUUUUACCUCUACUUCACAUACCUUAAAAAAAGUACAUGCUUCUGAUUUUGAAAUAGGAACCACUUUUGAGAACCUAGAUUUGAAUAAAGAAUAUCUUUUUAGAAAUUUUGAUAUGCAUAAUACAAAUAUAUUGGUAUAGUUAUAUUAAACAAAAACGUACUAUAAAAAUAAUCAACUUCCAUAUAGUUUUUGUAUUAUGAUUUAUUUUGAUUAAAUAUGAUCAUAGUUAAAUUAAAUUAUUUAGUUUCUGUUUUUGUUUUUUUUUUUUUAAUUUUAUGGUACUAAUAUCGGAGACAAAGUGACAAAUUAGGUUGAAGGAAAAUACAUUUUUGAUAUUGAAUUUAAAACUUGUAUAUUAUAUUUAAAUAGUUUUCAAAUUACCACACAUCUUAAAUUACAUAAUUAAUCAAAGAACAAAGGAAUCGAAAUUGAAAAUUUCAAUUUUAUGUUGCGCAUACCUAUCUCUUAAAAGGAUUCGAUACCGACUGACUUUUUGGGUAAAAACUGCCUUUCUUUUGGCAAUCAGUCCGAUCGAUGUAGUGGAGCGAUAAGAAUUCUGUAAACUAAUUUUGGAUUCAGCAUAGAUGAGAUCGAUCAGGCCACUUUUUUAAGUUAAAUUCGUAAUAUUUUUUUUUAAACAAUUACAAAUUUUAAAUCCAAUUAAUGACAAUUAAAAUUUUAAAUUUUAAAAAAUGGCCCGAUCGAUUUCGUCCGGAGUUCACGCUGAUUCUGUUUUCAGAAUUCGUAUCGCUCCGCUACGUCGAUCGGACUGAUUGCCGAGACAAUGGUGGUUUUUGUUGCAUAAAUUGUGCAAGUAUGAACCGUAGCAAUACUGGGGGUGACACGUGCGUGCGAAAAUUAUAUCCCACACCGCUCAGCCGUCUAAAGCCAGGAUCAUACGUCGCGUGAUUUGUUGUGGUAUUGGAGCGGUACAGUGCGGUACAGUUGACGCGCCGAAAAUUUGUUGUAUGCGCGGGAAAAUUUGUUGUAUGCGCGGCCCGCCGCCCGUUCUUUCCCGACAAUCAAUUUCAAACAGUCGACUUUUGAUUUUGAUUGCCGCUCCCUGUGUCACGCGCCAAUUUUCCUUUGGCGAUUAGAUAAUUUGUAUUAUCUCCACAUCUGAAGAUAGCUGCUGCAGACCUAUUAACCUAAGACCGUGCUUUGAACUAUUUUUUUUUUAUAAAUAUUAUAUUAAAGUAGCUAUUUGGAUUUAUUUUUCAAUGCAACAUUCUGUUCUGAUCAGUUUGAUGUAUAGUUUAUUUUCACACAAUUUUCGGAGUUGCGCGGAGAUGGGCAAUCUAUCUAUUACGAGUGAUCCAAAUCGCAAAUUUCGAAACCGUGUCCAUGAUGCUUGGGAAAUCACGUUCCGUCUGAUCCACACAGGCGCGCGCGGUAUACACGCGACGCUCGCAACGCGCCGUGUGAUCCUUUAAGGACGCCGCGCCACGGCCGGAACGCAAAGCAACGUUAUCAAUCACACGUUAAAACCACAUUAUUUUAUCAAAUCAACGCUCGAUAAUAUUUUUUUGUUCCUACUGCAAUCACGUUUUUGUGUUCACUGUGCUCUUGUCACUUUAGUCCUUACCAUUUUUGAGCGAACGCGAUAACGCCGAAAUAGAAAAAAAAGAAACUUUCCUUAUCGAAACAAGGGAAACAUAGGCUUAUGGUUUUGGAAAGAUGACUAUUAUUUUCCCUGUGGACAAAUUUUCUACCAGACCUUGCUCCAAUUUUUAAAUGAAACACCUUUUCUGAAAGGAAAUCUGUGUGGGAUGGCACUUAUUUUUCUCUAUGUCCUGCUUAUUGUUGACAGUAAUCGUGUCGGUUCGCGCCGAACAACCCAUGCCGCCGUUGACGCCCCGCGACCACUCGUACCUACUCGCGUGCAUUGUAAUAUAAUAAGGUAAGUAGUGAUAAGGAAGUCACUGACACUAAUAAUCAGUUAUAAUACACACGAAAACAUGGCUUGCACGCACGUACUAUAGAAAUUGCCUAUUCUUAACUCCUUAAAACAGGUCGGUAUCGAAUCCACUUGACCAUAAUAUACUGCUAUUUUAUCAUUCAUAAUAAAUUAUAAUAACAAUAAUUAAUAUAUCAUUCAAUGCUGAUACCAAAUUUAAAGAACAGAUUACAUUAAGUAAUUUUUUAAAACUUUAUUAACUAUAAUAAUUAAAAAUCAGCAGAAAAGCAGCCAUGUUAGUAGUACUUUCGUUUAUAGCAUCACAAAUUAGUAAUAGUUCAAAUAAUUCUGAUAAAAAUUUGUAUCUACUGAUUAUUUGUACCUUUAUUGUUUAUUUUAUAGUCUGUCUGAAAACUGAAAUAAACAAAAUUCAUACUACAGUUGUAACAUGAUGAUUUGUCACUUGAAAUAACUUUUGUUCUGUUAAAUAUUUAUGAUAUAUUUUUUUUUUUUAAAUAAUUAGUAUGCCUCUGCGCUAUUGUUUUUUAUCAUUUGAACAUUUUUUUUUUUUUUACGGAGAGGGAGACUUAAAAUAAAGAUCCACGAAAAAUAAUGGUAGUAGAUGUUUUGAAGUCUUGUGUAAAAUAUUACUUACACUGCAAACUUAGUAACCGAUUUCAGUAAUGGCCAUCCCCAUCUUGGAAGUUGGUGUUGAUGGGUGUAGAUUAAGUACAACGAUUUGGAAAGCUCUGUCCUCGCGAGCAUGAUAUGUGUGGUAUUUAAUUUUUUUGUCUUUUAAGAUGUCUGAUGACAUUUCGGUAAGCAUCAGCAUCUUUAGUUUCAAUUUUUAGACCUUUCGUUGUUGAUUUAAAUGAGAAAUUUUGUGUACCAAUCAAAUUUAUCAGGUCAGUACGCAGUUUAAUAAAAUCUUCGAUAUUACUGUCAAAAAUUGGUGAUGGAAUCUUGGUUGUUUAAGCGUCAUCAAUUUCAAUUUUGUUCGUUGUUAAAUGAUUUGAAGCGAAUUAGGAAGCUGUAUUUAUAUCAUCUGAGAUAGGAGCGUACCUAUUUUCGGUAACAAACUUUAUUUAUUUGUUUUUGUUUAGUUUUGGUGAGGUAGAGAUUGAUGAAAGGAGUAAUGUCUGUUUGAGCUUGGAAGAUUUCUUGGAGGUUUUGACUUGGAAUUCAAAAGAGUUGUUUUGAUUUGGUUUCAUACCGAAUUCGUUUUCGAAUACUUCGAUUGAGUUGCUCUGUAUAUGGUUAUUAUGAGUAUAAUUUGAUAAACGGUACAACUUGGAAUUCAUUGUUGAUGGUAAGCUAAUGAAUGAAUGAUCAAUUGCCGAGGAGAUCAAAGUGUUUUAUUUUAAAUGCCCCUCCAAAAAAAAAAAAUAUAUAUAUCAACAAUUUUGAAUAGAACAAAAGUUAUUUCGAGUGACAAUCAUCGUGUUGUUUUUUAAAAUAACUUAAUUGUACUUGUUAAUACUUUUUUAAUUUCAAAAUAUAAUUUCUGUAAGUUAUCCGCCUCAAUUAUUAUUCAAAUUUAUUAGCUAUUAUAUUUUAUUGAAACUAGUUCCCUGAUAUUAUAUUAUAAAAAAACUAUGUUAACAUUUAAACCUUUAAAUUAAUUUUUAAAACUUAGAUUUAACUAAGUACACUGACACAAUAAAAUUUAAAAAUAUUUAUUUCGAAUUUGUAUAAUGUAUUAAUUUAAUUGUUUUUUAAAAAAUGUUAUUUUUAUUGCUCUAUACUUAUAAAUAUCUUGAAAUCACGUAAUUUAAAGCACCUACUUAUGUGUAUAUAUAUAUUAUAAUAUUAAUAUUGAAUUUUUAAUUCUAAUUGAUUUAGUUAUAUGUAUUGAUUUUUUAAGAAAUUAACACAGUUAUUAGUACUAUUUAUAUUAAUUUGGUUCUCACAAACAAAAUUGUGUGGAAACAGCCUAUUUAACAUUACCUAUUAUUAAAAUAAUAAUUUUUUAUAAUAAAAAAUUUAUUAAAAUAAAGUAUAAAUUACAAUUACUAUAUUAGCACAUUUUAAAUGUUAAUUAUAUAGUAUAUAUAUAUAUUUUUUUUUUUUUAGAUAUGGACAACAUGAUUAAGAAAUACUUUAAUAAUAAUGCUUUUUUAUUUUCUUUUGGUGAGUUAUUUCUAUAUAAAUAUGCCUAGAACUUGUAUAUUUUUUAAAAUAAUAUAUUUUAUAUUUUUCAGCUUCUGACUAUACCACAAAUUAUUUAAAUUCUAUCAAUGAAAAACCAGUAUCUUCACUGCUAGCACCUGUAACAUUAGCUUUAUUUUGUUACUAUAUCUAUGUAUAUGUAAGAAAAUUUUACCCAAUCUGUGUAAACUGUUGGUUUUGCAAUGCCAACUUUAAAGUCCCUUUUGAAGACCGAUUUGAAUACACAUGUGUUGAAUGUAAACAGUUUAAUGGUUUUAAAAAUGUAAGUAUUUUAUUAUAUAUAGGAUGUCCCACAAGGAUUCAACAAAUGCAAUAAUUUUUGUUCUAUUCAAUAUUUUCAGUGUACAUUUUUUUUUAAUAAUUAGUAUGCCUCUGCGCUACAGUUUUUAUAUGAACAUUUUUUUUAUAAAAAAAUCAAAAUAGCCAUUUUGUAAAAUAGAUAGUUUGAAAAUUUUAAUAAUUUUCUUUUCAACCAUAACAAUAUUGUUUAUCAACAUAAAUUACCAUCAUUGAUAGAUUGAAACUACCUAAUAAUUGAUAUGAAAAUAUUAUUGCAUGAUAUUAAAUCCUGAAAAAGAAAAUCCUGACUAAUAAUUUAUAACUAAAUAACCACAAUAAGUAAUAUUACAAUUUCCAAAAACUUCAAAAAACUAUAUUUUAACAAAAGUUUCAACCACUAAACAUAUUCUAAACAUCUAUUUUACAAAAUAAAUAAUUAAAUUUUUUUAUUUUAAGUCCCCCCCCCUAAAAAAAUAUAUAUAUCAAGAUUAUUGAAUAAAACCAAAGUUAUUGAAUUUGUUGAAUCUUUGUAGGACAUUCUGUAUAGUGUAAUAUUAUGUAUAGACCAAGGUUGCUCACCAUGUUUGUUUAUUAGUAUUAAUAAAUUUGUAAUCAUUUGAUUUUAAUAAAUAAUUAAUCAUUAUUUGGUUGAUAAUAAUAAUUAUAAUAUGUUAACUCUUCCCAUUUCUUUAAUAUAAACAAGGAUAAUUUUUUAUUUAUUUUCGAGUAAUUUCAUUAUUUUAAUUUCAGAUUCACGAAAAAAAUAUUUUGUAGAGAAUUUGGUAUGUAUUAGUCUAAUAUAUAGACUUAUAAUGUAUGAAUUGUAUUAAUUUCAAAUUUAAACUAGAGAAUGUUAAUCUAAAAUUAGUUUUAAAACAAAUAUAAACUCCUUUCCAAACUACCUAUUUAAAUUUUGAAUUAUAUCAAUGAUCACAACCUAUUAUAAAAAGUUAGAUCAAUUUAAGAGAACGUUACAUGCUCAAUUUUUAUAGUGUUAUUAAUUUUAAUGAAAAGGUAAAAAAUAUUCAAAAUCACUUUCAAGUAACUUUAAAAGUAAUUCUAUAACAUAAAAAGUAUUUAUGGUGUUAUCAUGAAAUUUGAUUAAAAUUGUUUAAUUUAUCUUUUAUACAAAUAUAAAAUAGAUGGACUACAUACAGUCAACAGUAUACAUAUCAUUUUAACUUAAUUUUGAGGAGAAUAUUAUUUGUGCUCUAGCAUUCUUACCUUUUGCUCUAUCUAAUACAACCAACAGUAUAUCAAUAUCAAGUAUAUAAAAACGUGCCAUCUCAAACCAUUAAAAUUAAUCUGCACAAAACUUUUUUUUUAAAAUGUCAGGUUGUCUUUUUGGUUGAUUUCUGAAAUAUAAAGUUAUUAACAAAACAUUUCUGUAGAAGCCAAAACAUUGAACAUUUUAUUGUCCAUUAAGUUUUAAUAUUGUAUGUUUUUUUUUAUUUUCCAAUCUUCUAUAGUUAAAUUGCUGUACAUAUUUUGACAGAUAUGAAUUUUACUGCACGAUUUUUGUAAUAAUAAAUAUUUGUACAUUUGUUUUAAACCAGAAUAAUAUAUAUUUUAAUCAUGCCACAGAGUCUUACAAAUACCCAAAUUUUCUGUGAAUUUAAAACUAAAAUGUUAAUUUUUUUAUUAAAAAUAUAUAUAUUAUUGUUUUAAUAAAUGGUGAAAGGAAUACAAAUACACACAUCAAUCAGUUAUAAUUUGCAAAAAUCUAAUAGCUAUAGUUAUAUUAACCCAUAAUUACUGAUAGGGACACCUAUGGUGAGACAUCUUGUGUAUAAUAUAGUGUUUAUUUUUAUAGCCAUUUAAAAGUCCUGAAGUUGUUAUAAGAUUAUUUAUUUUUUUUUUACAGGAUGGAAGCUACAGCAAAAUAAUUCCUGAACAACAUGAUCAUAGGUACAAUAAGUCAAUUUUUACUGAACUCCAAGAUAGUCCAACAGAAAGUAAAAAUGGUUUAUGCCAUAAAUGUAAUAUUGUUCAAGAAUUAAAAGUGAAACAGCUAGCAUCUUUCACUCCUACUAAUGAAAAAUAUUUUGAUAAGGAAAUAGAAAUAUUCAAGUAACAUUUAAAGUAUUAUUCUGUAAUAUAAAAUAGCUAAUAUUUAUAAUUAUUUUUAGGAAAAACUUAGAAAAAACAUUAACUCUGUGUUCAAAAUGUAAUUUAUACAAAAACAAAAUAUUAUCAAUUCAGGAACAACGUUACAACUUGAAGUCAAUUCGGAUGAACAAUCGAACGGUGAUUUCAAUACUUAUUUUGAUCUCAAUUUGUUAUUAACAAUUUUUUUCAUUACAGUAUAUGCAAAAUGUUUUAGCCUGGCCUAAUAUAUGUUCAUUGUGUUUAUCAUUUAUUAUUUUUCUACUAUCUUCUUGUCCUGAGAACAAUUUAAUUGAUUGGAUAGACAGAUUUGAAGAUACAUUGGUUGUUCCUCACAAUAUAAUAACAAUAACACGCUUGAUUGGAAUGGCUUGCCUGUGUGGUAUAUUAUGUCAAGUCUAUCAAUAUUCAAUCGCAGUGGAUAUAUUGAGCAUUAUGGUUUUAAUUUUAUGGUCAUUGUUAUUCACUGUCAAUAAUUUUGAAAUUCUUAAACGUUUCCAAAUUGAGGUAAGUUUUAGUAAAUUAAAACAAUAUUAAUUUUAAAAGUGUAUAUUUUAUAUUGUAACAUAUAAUUUAUCUGAUUUAUAUUUUCUAGCUUCUUGUUUCUAUAUUUAUUAUACUUCUAUCUGCAGUCUCUAUAAUUAUAAAUUUGGCAAAGAAACAAAAUAUUCGACAAACUAGCAUUAAAUUAGAGGAUGAACCUUAUCAAUUUAGCACAAGUUAUAUUGAUACAAGGUAAUUUAAAUUAAUGUGAACUGUUAUUAUAUGUGUUAAUAUUAGAAUUUAGUACUUGUGCAUACUAGGUAUUUAUUUUACUAACCCAAAUGCAUAAUAAAUUUAAACCUAAAAGGUAUAUAUAGGUUUAAUGCAAUAGUGUAUCAUUAUGUUACCUCAAAAAUAAUUACUCUUAUUUCAUCAUAUUCAGGGUAUAAUACACAUUUCUAUCAUUUCAUAUUAUUUUAAAAUAUUAAAGUCCUUUCCAAUUUAACUGAUUCAAAUUGUCCAAAAAAACAUGUUAAACAAAAUGGUUUUUUUUUUUUUUGACAAAGUCGUUAAUAUUGUAUCCAUUAUCAUCUCAAAUGGAUUACAUCAAAUACAGUCGUUAAAUCUUGAUGUUAAUAACAUUAGUGUUGAAAUAUUUGUUUGUUCAUAAAUUGUUUGCUGAAAAUGUAUUGUGGAUUUGGGUCUAACAUUGUAAAAUUAUAAUAUGUAUAACUAUUAUAAUAUAUGUGUAUUAUGUUGUAUACUCCAUAAUUGUUAUUAUUUUAAUUUAUAUAUAUUUUAAGUUUUAAUACAUAAAGUAUAUAUUUAAAAAAAUAUAUGUUUUUGCAUACAUAUUAAAAAGUUAGAGCUUACAGUGAAACAAACCUUGUUAGUGUGAUUUUAUUUAAAUAAUAAAUUUUCCCACAGUAGAAAUAAAAAACUGGAAAACGAUAUAACAAAUAAUAAACCAAUAGCCAAUUUAUUAUAAUCUGAUAAUCAUUCUAGUAAGAAAUGUAUGUCACCAAAAACACAAUUACGGGAAAAUCGUUUUCUGCCGGGUUCAAGUAAUCAGUUCAUCGUGCGCCUCCCGAAAUUCAAAGUCGCUCGAGUACUUAAUGAAAAAAUCUUUCUUGAAGCCAUUUCCAAGCCCAUUCAGUAUACAACCAGAGACGAAUAUGAUUACGACUUAAACGCACAGUAUAUGACCUCUCGACACAACGGUAUGUUAUUUACUACCUGUUAGAAGUCAUGUUUCUGUAUCUUUUCAAUAUUUUGGGUUUAAAAACAAUUUUAAUACUAUUAACUCAACAAUUAUCAACAAUAUUUUUAAAUAUAUUUUUAUCGUUAUCUUUAUUUUACAUUUUAUUAUGGUAAAAUAACUAUUGGUCAAACUCAAAUAUAUUAUUAUUUCAAUUUAUUAUAUAUUUCAAUAAAGAUUAGUAACUAUUCUGUUUUAGUUAUGAUUACUAUCUUUUUUUAUUACAAGGAAUGUUUCACUAACCUGGCAAUUUACUUAUAUUUGUUCAAUUAGUUAUAGAGCAGCCGCAUUUAAAUAAUAAAAUGGAAUACAUUGAAUUUAUAAUAUUUGUAAAAUAAACGAUCAAUGUAUUAUAAAAAAUACUUAUUUGAAAAAUACUGGUUUUAAAUUUAGUUUCCAUACCAGAUUAGAUUAGGCAUAAUUUAUUAAUUUGUGAUACAGUUACAGAUUAGUUACUAGAUCACCAACAGCUUAAGUAACAAGCUGUUACUUAACAAUAUACAAAGAAUAUAUACUUUUAUAAAUUAUAUAAAUAAGCUAUACAACUUUUUGAUCAAUCUUAUUUUCACUAUGCUAUGACAACAUUAUAUAGUACCUUAGUACUUAGUAAUCUUAGUAAACCUUUUGAAUCUUUAUGGAAAUUGUAUACAGUGAUUUUUUUUAUUAUUAACAAUCAAUUUUCUUUAAAAAAUGUUUCUAAGUGAAUUUAAUUUUUGAUUUUUAAACAUUUAAACUUUAUUUUAAAACCACUUUUAAUUUGUUAUCACUACUCCAAACAUCUUAAAUAAGUAUAUACUUUCGUUUUUCAAAUAGGAACCCCCCCCCCCUUUUUAAACACAAAUUUAAAUUGAGAAUAUUUUCCUAGAAAUGUUGAUAAUAUCAGAUUUAUCGUUUAAAGUUUAGACCGGAAGGAUAUAGAGAGUUAUCAAUUUAUCAUUUAAAAAUAAAUUUAUUUAUUACUUUAUUAGUUUUUCCUACUUCUAUGGUCUAAGCUUUAAAUGGUAAAGUCUAAUAUUAGUGUUAUGCAUAUCAAAAUGUAUAGAAAUAUAUUCUCUAUUCGAAUCUUUGUUAAAAGGGGGAGUUCCUAUUUGAAAAACAAAAUUAUAUACUUAUUUAAGGUAUAUAGAAUAGGGGUAAAAAAAUAAAAAAUGAUUUUAAAUAAAGUUUAAAUGAUUCCAAAAUAAUCAAAAAACAGAAACCAAAUUAAAUACAUUUAAAAUUGUCAAAGAAAAUUGCUAGUUUAUAAUAAAAAAAAAAUACCGUACUAUGUCAAGUUUGUGACCGUAGUUGAUAAAUGUUGAAACCAUGUACAAACAUAUAGUGUCCAUACAUGCUUAUAAACCAGUGACUAUUAAUGUUUACUGCUAUACAACCAAAUACAUUAUACAUUAAUAAAUAUAUUUAAAAAAAAUUCUAGCUUUCUUUUAUUAUGUUUCGUCCAAAAAUAAAUAACUAAAUUUUCAUUGCAAUAAUAAUUUGAUUAUUUUGUUUGAUAUUAAUAUUAUGUAAAUAACAAAUUAUUUUGGCAGCAGUAAUUUAAUAAUUAAUGCAUUAAUUACCAAAUUAUUGUUAAAUAAUAAUUUAUAAAAAUAAAAUUAAUUUUUAAUAGAAAUCUAUUUAUAAAUCUGAUCACUGUAAAACUUAUUUCUGUUUAUUGUUUGGAUAUAUUAAUGUUCAUGUAAAUGACAAGGAAAUGUAUUUACAAAUUGUAUAUUUAAAAUAAAUUAAUCAAUUUGCUUCCUGUGAAUUCCUAUCUUAAAUGAUUCCUGUGUCCCAUUAUAAACCUAAUAUGUUAAUUAAAUCUAUGGCAAUAGUGCAGUCAGGAUUUUAUCUUGGGUGGAGGCUUAAAAAUAUAAUUAUUUUAACUUCAUGAUCAGAACGAUCUGUAAUUUUUUUUUCUUAUUACGAAAGCUAAACUAAUCCAAUCAUAUUCUUUACUUGAGUCAAAUUAAUUAUUUACUUCCAGGUCCAGGGCACCCCUAGUUGCACCACAGAUGUAUGUUUUCAUAUCAAAUGUAAUAAUGGAUUAAUUUUACUAUUGCAUUAUAUAGAAAUAUUUGUUUAUCAUUUCACACAUAAUAUUAUUUAAAUAGGUAUUAAGCCUAAUAUUUUACUGUGUCUCAAUUUAGUUAUGUCUAUUAUUACUAUUUUAUGUUUUUUAUCAUUUGAUAGAAAAAUCAAUGACUAGAAUUAUUGAAAAUUGCCUUAUAACGUUUAUUAUUAAUAUUCUUUUUUACCAUUAAUUAAGUUUUUAUUUUUUCUUAGUGAAAAUGGAUCUGUCAAAAAUAGUGAUGAUUCAGAAAUGAUGGACAUUGAUUACAUUGAAGUGGCACCCAAAAAAGUGAAAAAAACAUUACCUAAAAAUGUCGACAACCUAUUCCAAGGGAUGAAACUCAAUGAAACCUAUGGUGUUAAAAAUAAUUUCAUACGACCUCCAAAGUUCUGUAUACCUCCUAAACGUAACAAAUUUUCUGGAUAUGCAGAGUCUUCUACAGGAUAUUACACACCAUAUUCCGUAAAAGAUGACUAUACAUUUGAUACACAAAGCUUGUAUUCUCAACACAGUUUCAAGUCACAGUAUUCACCGUUGUGUCAUCAGUCCAUUUCUCCGUACACAUAUUACGUUCCCCCUCAUCUUAACCAACAACCGAGUCCAUUAAACUUAUCGCAAUCAUCGAAUGCUUCAAACAUACAACAACAACAACACUCUACUGAAUGGUCAAAGAUGCUGGUGUAUUCAAUUCCUGGAAUUAUAUUACUAACUCUGCAAUGUUACCUCUUAUAUGACAUUAAAGACUUUAUGAAACAAAAGUGAUAUUAGAUUUUAAUUUUUAUCAUAAACAAUAUAUUAUACAUAGUGAUUUUUGUAAAUAUUAACUAUACUGCUAUUAUUAUUGGAUAUCCUAUUAUAAUGUUUAUGUGUAGUUUCCAUUAUGUAUAAAGACUGUUUAACAAUAACUAUUAAUUUGUAAUCAUUAUGUAAUGAAAAUAUUUUUUUUUUUUAUUUAACCAUGUAAACUUUACUUUAAAUGUCAAUUAAAUUUUGUUUUAAUAAACUCUUCCUAGAAUUAUUUUUCAUAUAAUUUGUCAAGUGGAAGUAUUGUAUGUAUUUUGUUUUUAUUAUGUUUAAUAUUUAAUUAUAAUUUAUACUCUGAUAAUUUUAUAAAUAUGGGUUGUUAAAUGUAUAAAAAUUCUUCCAGAAAUCUUACUGAAAAAAAGUAUCUAAGGAAUUUUCAUGGAAUAGUACUUGAGGGAGGUCAUUUUUUGAUUUUUCCAAUAAAUGGGAAAAACGGGAAAAUUUACGAAAAUAAUAUUUUUAUUAAUUUUAAUUUUGUUUUUUUGUUUGUAAACUGUAGAAGCUUAAAACUUUAACAGAAACUUUGUAUUAAAUACAACUAUGUUUUGCCUUUUAUAAAUGUGGUAAAUUUUUCAAUACAUGUGAGCCAUUUUUAAGCUAUUAGACAUUUUAAUUUUGCUAGUUUUUUUAUGUUAAUAUUUAUUUAUUAGGUACUCUAGAUAAAAUUGUUCGACCCAAUAGAAAUGUUUGAAAAUUCAAUAAGAUAUUCAUUAUAACUUGUUUUUAAUGGUCAACAAGAAAAAGUUGAGUGUAAUGUAAUUUUUUUUUUUACAAAUUUUGAUAAAAAUCGUAAAUAUUGCAACUUUUUAAAUUGAACUGAGAGAGACACAUCUUUCUCAAACAUUCAUUGGCCAUAUAUUUAUCAAUAAUUUUAAGAUCGGGCUUAUGUAUUUAACAAUAAUAAUAUUUCUUCAAAGUUUGCAAGACGAACCAUAAUAAAUACUUACAUGCUAAGUAAUGAU